CUAAAGAAAUGUCCUUUGAAAAGUAUAGCUUCAACAUUAUUCAGACCUCUGACUCCUUUUUCUCGACUUCCACUAAUACUGCGAUUACUCAUCAAGAUUUGCUCACAUACAUCAGUUCUCUUCAAGACACUAUAGCUGCAGUUGCAAGUUCGUCAAAUCGUUUGGAGAAGAAAACUAAAGAAUAUUCCAGUGGUUCAAGUUGUAAAAAGUAUGCACUUCUUCGUAUCAAGUUAAAUGAUACAUAUACAGAACUCAAGAAAAGGAAGUCACAAAAAGAGAUGCUGCAAAAAAUUAAAGACCUCAAAAAGCAUGUAAUAGAUUUAGAGAAGGAAAAUCUUUGCCACUGA